GAGAUGGCGUCGGGGGAGGGCGGCGGCGGGUUGCGGCCGCGGCCGCGGCGGAAGCGGUGCGGCGUGCGGCGGGAUCGGGUGGAGAACGGUAUGUGGCCGGAGAUGGACGCGGGGGCGGCGGUGGAGCGGAGGAGGCGGCGGAGGAGCGUGGCCAUAGGGAAGGCCAGGAACGGGUAUUUUUCACAGGCAGAUGACAGAUCACACAGGACUUCAGGCCCAAAAGGCCUUGACCAGACCGCCCCCACACACAGGCACACAGCCACAGAGCAGUAGAGCACCAGCCGGAAACCGGAGGCAAAUUCCUCUGUUACGUGGAGGGUGGGGAUGACCGCCGCCGCCGCCCUCACGUUGGCGAGUCCACUCCGGCGUCUCCUCCGUGCUGCUCACCCGCGCGGAGUCAUCCCCGCCCCGUACUAUUUCAUCACGCGAGGACGGUGUACCGCCGCCAUUGCCGUCGCCGCAGCAGCCAGGGAUUCGGCGAUUAAAGGGAGCGUGGACAGGAAUGCAGCCGAGGAAGUCAGGAACAUUCUGGAUAUGGCAGAAAGGGCUUCCAAACGAAGAGAUGUUUUCCACACCAAUUUUCUUACUCCACCUAUAAUACAGGAGGCUAUGUUGGCAAUUGAGAAGUUAGCAGACAUAAAAGCAGUAGCUCAGGGUGGCUACCCGCAGGCUGAGCGGUGCCGAAUUUCUGUUGGACAUCCGGACUCUAUGACAAGUAACCCAGAUGUAGUUGCUGCUUUGAGCAUCUCAGGGAAUUUCCGAUUGGAACCCUUUUCUCAUGGUGACUUUCUCGGUGCCAUUCUUGGAACAGGAAUAACAAGGGAGAAGGUUGGAGAUAUUCUUUUACAGGGGGAAAGAGGUGCUCAGGUCCUUGUUGAUCCAGAACUUGUUGACUAUCUGAUUUCUACUCUCGAAAAGGUGGGGAAAGUUGGUGUUUCAUGCGCUCAGAUUCCUUUGCUCGCUCUAGAAUAUGAACCACCAAGGACCAAGUCAUUUAAAACUGUAGAGUCGUCCCUCAGGGUUGAUGCAUUGGCCAGCGCGGGAUUUAAAAUCUCACGCACAAAGCUUGCUAGCUUGAUAAGUGCCGGGGAUGUUCGUGUGAAUUGGAUGCCAGUUUUGAAAAAUGGAGUUACCCUGAAAUCUGGAGACGUUGUUUCUGUCAGUGGAAUGGGAAGAUUAAAGAUUGGGGAAAUUGUAACUACUAGGAAAGGAAAGUAUGCGGUUGAGUUGAUUCAAUAUUUGUAAGCUAGGGACUGACCUAAUCUCUUUUCACGGCUGAAAUUGAAAGGAUGAAGAAAAGGUUCCAAGGCACCAGUUAAAGCUUUUUUUCUUUGUCAAAAGUUUAGCUAUUAAGGGAUCUCAUAAAGGGAUUUACUCAAGUCCUUGUACACCUCAACCUAUUCGCUACAGUUCUUUCUUCUUUUUUGGCUAGUACGUGGUAGUCAUGCCAGGCCAGGUCCCUAAUAAUGCCACAAGAGAACGUGUCUUUGGAGGUGCAAUGAGAUUUUAGAGAGAUAAUUUCGUUCUUUUCUUCUGCUUGAACGAAGAAAAUGCAAGCAUUCUCCUGUUUUUACAGCAUAAUAUUCUGGUAGGUUUCACAGAAAUAUCCUAUAAUAUCUAAAGAGAUAUACUACUGGUAGUAGUGUUAUGUCAAAAGUAGGGCAUCACAUGUUUGUAAAGCAGUAAAGGUUUUGUGAUGUAUACAGCCUUGGGGGACUUUGAAUGCGCUAACUUGACAGCCUGUGUCAAGCGGUUGUUUGUUUGAACUUUGAAGCCCAGCAAUUAACUGGCCAGGAACAAUAUCUACACUGCUACACCUACCUUUCCUUGAA